CAUGCAACUUCAGGGAAGGUGCUUCCUUUUCUACCAUACAAAUUAAAAAUAAAAGAUUAUCUGUCUUAAAUUGUCUUCUCAACUGCAAGUAUUGGAUUGUUUUCGUGGAUGUGACCUUCGUCUCCAACCCACUCUUCUCAAUUACUAAAAUGCUACAAAUGCACUACCAAAAUACUAAAUAAAGGUCUUUGAAAUUCCAUAAAAUUCUAUGAAAUUUAUAACUCUUUUAAAAUCCUUCAAAAUCUUAAUUGAACACACCUCUCUAGGUUUUGUCAUCCAAAAACCGUCCCUGCCCUCAGAGGGUACUUUUAUCGAUACCCAAUUUUAUGUUAAGUUCAUUAACUAAGAAAUUUUUGUCAUAGCUUCCCAAUUAUCCUCCACUAAUAACACUAGAAUUUUCAAGCCUCCCUCCUCCCUCUCAUUUCAUUGCACAAGUCAAUCUUUGCUAUUGACCGACUGUGUCCAACAAACAUCAUUGACUGACUUUCCUCUAAGAUAUUUUCUAAUUAAUAAUUGGAACUUCACACGGAAGGUGCUUCCUUUAACCCCAUUCCUAUAUUAUAAUAUGAGUAUGUAUACAACCGUCUAAACAACUUUCUCUCUCUCUCUCUCUGUCUCUUCUACCCAUGGAAAAAAGUGGGAGCAGAUCCUUCACCUUGUCUUGGUGGCCUUUCGUUCUAGCCUUUCUUGUUCUUUGCUUUUGCAGUAAAACUUGUAACGCUAAGGAUGAUAGUAAGUCUUCAUGUACCUCCUCCUGCGGCCUUAUCCAUAACAUAACUUAUCCUUUUCGACUAAACGAUGAUCCGAAGACAUGUGGCGAUAGAAGAUAUGCUCUUUCCUGUGAGAACAACAAUACAACAGUUCUAGAUCUACUUGAUUAUGGCAAAUACUACGUACAGGCAAUCAACUACAAGAACAACACAAUCCGACUUCUAGAUCCUGGCCUUGACAACAACAAUUGCUCUUCCAUGCCUCGAAAUUUUCUGCCCCUCUAUCCUUAUAUGUCAUAUACAUAUGAUUCGCAGAAUGGCACAGAUUCACCGCUUUCAACAUCAGUAUUUUACUUGAUGUGUAGAAACCCAGUGAAUUCUUCUCUGUACGUAGAUACUGCUCCAUGCUUGAAUAAUAGUGCCACUUCUUUGAUCCAACCAAAAUCUUAUAGUUAUGUCAUGGUUGGCCGCCCAAGCCAUAUGGAUAUGGAAGAUUGGAAUGAGGGUUGCAGUGUCGAGCGGAUGGCUUGGAUGCUCGUGGACUACUCUAAGGGGUACUACAAUGCCUCUUAUAGUUAUGAAUAUAUACACAGUGCACUCAUAUAUACACAGUUCAACCUGCAAUGGCACGUAUUACAUUUGGACUCCGACUACUUAUUCCAUGUUCAACCUGCAAUGUUUUCCCCGCACCAUCCCAGGUUUCUUUCAAUAUCGAUGGGCUAAAAUCCGUUAUACUCUGAGUGGAACCGCGGAUCUUGGAUACCUUCCUCGAUGGUUUCCAUUCCAUUACAUCCAUUCCAUCGUGGGUGGAUGGGAAAUACUGAUGGGCAUCGGCUUAUUUUUUACAGCAAGACUACUGUUUGGCAUUCCAAUUGCGGCUGUAUUUUUAGUCUAUAAAUGGCGAAGAAGACAUUUGUCAAUGUAUAGUACAAUAGAAGACUUUCUCCAGCGCGAUAAGAAUUUCGUGCCUAUAAGGUACUCUUACUCGGACAUCAAGAAGAUGACUCGAAGGUUUAAGGAUAAGUUGGGCGAAGGCGGCUAUGGCUCGGUAUUUAAAGGAAAGUUACGCAGCGGCCGUUUUGUAGCAAUUAAAGUUCUGGGCAAGUCCAAAGCUAAUGGCCAAGAUUUCAUUAGUGAAAUAGCUACCAUUGGAAGGAUUCGCCAUGUCAAUGUGGUGCGACUCGUUGGUUAUUGUGUUGAGGGAUCAAAGCGUGCUCUAGUAUAUGUGUUCAUGGCUAAUGGCUCUCUUGAUAAAUACAUUUAUUCCAAAGAAGGAAGUGUGCCUUUAACUAUCGACAAAAUGUAUGAGAUUUCUCUUGGAGUGGCUCAAGGGAUUGAGUAUCUACAUCAAGGUUGCGAGAUGCAAAUUCUCCAUUUCGAUAUCAAGCCUCAUAAUAUUCUUCUUGAUGAGAACUUCAAAGCAAAGGUUUCUGACUUUGGGCUAGCAAAGUUGUAUCCCGUCGAUAAUAGCAUUGUCACGUUGACGGCAGCGAGGGGUACAAUGGGAUAUAUUGCUCUUGAAUUGUUCUACAAAAAUAUUGGAGGCGUCUCACACAAGGCCGAUGUCUAUAGUUUCGGAAUGUUGUUGAUGGAAAUGGCAAGCAGAAGGAAGAAUUUGAAUACAAGGGUAGAGCAUUCAAGCCAAAUCUACUUCCCACUGUGGGUAUACGAUCAGUAUAAUGUGGGAAAUGACUUGGAGAUGGACAACGUAACAGAGGAGGAAAAGAAUGUAAUCAAAAAGAUGGUUAUAACCGCCUUGUGGUGCAUUCAAAUGAAGCCAACCGAUCGCCCUUCGAUGCACAAAUUAAUCGAGAUGCUUGGAGGAGAUGUUGAAUGUCUGCAAAUGCCCCCCAGGCCUUCUCUAUGCCCACAAGAGACUCAUGUGGCUGUGGGUGACAUUCAAGACCCAAUAUGUUCAAACGUAGAGAUAACAUGUUCUUUGGCAGCUAGGUGAUGAUCAAGUUCUUAGUUAUAAAAGUGAAAUAAUGUAUUAUAAAUUCUUACUUUAAAAACAGAUUUAAUUAGUGAAGAACUAUUAUUCGAGGUU